AUGUUUUCAUCGAGAGCAUCAUCUAUCGCCACCAGCGACUCCUUCGCCCCUCUCUCUAGACAGACCAACGGGCUACCCAGGACUACCACUCGACCUACCACCACGGCGACAAGCGUUGCUUCCCAGGAUAUCAUCUGUGCUGUUAGCGAAUCCCGCGGUAUUUUAUCGACUGUUGGUCUUGCUUUUGUUAAUCUGUCCACCGCCGAAACGGUCCUGUGUCAGAUAUGCGACAGCCAGACCUAUGUCAAGACGGUGACGAAGAUCGGAGUGUUUGAGCCGACGGAGAUCCUAUUCAUGAAUCCGGCCAAAGAAUCCACGUUAUGUUAUAUAAUUCAAGAAAAUAUUUCGAAUGCCACCAUCACCUUCCUCGAUCGCAAAUUCUGGUCGGAUAGAAGCGGUCACGAUUAUGUAGACCGGCUAGCUUUUCCAGCCGAUGCUGAGUCGAUCAAGAUUACGUUUGGGGGGAAUUAUUUCGCUGCUUGCUGCUUUGCUGCCGUCCUCAAGUAUGUCGAGGUGGAACUGAACAAGACGUUCACUGCGCGCUCUCAUCGCAUCCGCUUUGGGCCCUCACAGGGGUCCAUAAAGUCCAAAAAUAGCUUGUUUGGGCUACUGAAUGAGACCCUGACCCCUAUGGGGGCAAGACUCCUCCGAGCCAACAUCUUGCAGCCUUCCACUGAAGAGUCGAAGCUAUUGGCAAGAUAUGAUGCAGUGGAUGACCUAUCUACGAAAGAGGAGAUGUUAGUAUCUGUCCGACAAGCUUUGAAGGGAUCUGUUGAUGCAGACAGGAUUCUAACAUCGCUUAUUCUCGUUCCUACUAAACAAACCUUCCAAUAUAUCGAGCAAUCCGUCAACAAUAUCAUCAUGUUGAAAACAUACGUUUCUUCGAUCAAGAACGUGUACAAGGCGCUUGCUCCGGCACAGAGCAGCCAUCAAGAGGUAGAACAUUUGAUUGAAGCUACAAUCAACGAAUAUAUAACAUACCAGACCAAGCCGCUUGACCUGAGAAAUCAGCGCAUUUACUGUGUCAAGGCGGGAGUCAAUAGUCUUCUCGAUGUAGCGAGACAAACCUACAAAGAAACAAACAUAGACGCAGCAGAGUUGGUAGCAAAGCUCUCAGAAGCCCAUGGUCUUGGCCUAGAUCUGCGGUUCGAUAAGGCUCGCCAAUUCUACAUAAGCCUCCCAGCAGUAGAUCUAGACUCACUCCCAGAUGUGUUCAUCAACAUAUACCGCAGAAAGAAUCGCAUCGAAUGUCAAACACUUGAUCUCGUCAAGCUGAACCAGAAAAUCACCGACGCGCAUAACCAAGUAGUCAGCAUGAGCGACCAAGCCAUCCAGGAACUGAUCGGAGACCUCUGCACGGAAAUUUCCAACCUCUUCAGAGUGAGCGAAGCCAUUGCCAUGCUCGACAUGUUAGCUGCAUUCGCCCAACUCACCACAUGCAACGAUUACAUCCGUCCGGAAUUGACCGAUGUUCUGGCCAUCAAAUCCGGAAGCCAUCCAAUCCACGAGAAAAUCCACCAGAAGAAAUUCAUUCCUAAUGAUGCUUACGCGACGCAGCAAUCCCGCUUCCAGAUCAUCACGGGUUGCAACAUGAGUGGGAAAUCCACCUACAUCCGCUCUCUAGCUCUAAUGACCGUCAUGGCGCAGAUAGGCUGCUUCAUCCCAGCAGAGUAUGCUUCCUUUCGCAUAGUCCACCAGCUUUUUGCUCGUGUCUCCACGUCCGACGACCUCAACGCCAAUGUAUCCACCUUUGCCGCCGAGAUGAGCGAAAUGGCAAUCAUUCUGCGCAACAUCUCCCCGCGCAGCAUGGUCAUAGAAGAUGAACUCGGCCGCGGUACGAGCACCACCGACGGUCUCGCCAUCGCCAUCGCCAUUGCGGAAGCCCUAAUCCAAAGCCAAGCGCUCGUCUGGUUCGUCACACGUUUCCACGACCUGGCCACGAUUCUAGCCGAGCGGAGCGGCGUCCUCAAUUUGCACCUAGCGGCGGAGAUAUCCUCCGAUGCAUCGAAGAUGACAAUGCUGUACAAGAUCGCCGAAGGCCCCAAUACGAAAUCCUUUUAUGGAUUGACUCUUGCCAAACUGGUCGAUUUACCACCCCUCAUGCUUGAGACCGCGCGAAAAGUAUCCGAGAAAAUGAAUGAGAUUUCCCAGCGUCGACACAGCAAGUCGAGCGCGUUAGCCGUGUCUCUAAAACGGAACCUACUUCUUUCGCUCCGUGAGCAGCUCCUCCAAGCGCGUCAAGGGAGCCUCGAAGGUGAGGGCCUGAGAAAAUGGUUGAAGAAACUACAAGAUGAUUUUGUAUUGCAUAUGGCUGCUAUAGAUGGUGAUGAUGAUGGUGACGAUGACGAGUUCAGCGCCGAGCAGAAUCACAGCACUAAUGAGAGGGAAGACACCACAGAAGUGGAAACCAUAGGUGAAGACCAGUCCGCUAGGCUGGUGGAGUCGUAUGAUACGUCAACGGAUGAACAGAGAUCUGAGUCUUCGGGACGACGCAGAGAGGAUACACAGGGUGAUAUUCCGUCCUCUGCUACCUUGUCGCAAAGGAAAAUACAAAUGCCGGUUGUUGAAAUAUCUUCCGAUAUCUCAGAGAAAGAUUAUUUGUUGAAUGCGUGA